AUGGAGGAGACGAAAAUUCCAGUGGUUGAUAUGGAGAAGAUUAACUGUGAGGAAGGGGAGUGCAAGAAGCUAAGAGAGGCAUGUGAAAGAUGGGGUUGUUUCAGGGUCAUUAACCACUCUAUUCCUGCAACCCUGAUGGGUGAGAUGAAGAAGGUGAUUGAAGCUUUGCUUGAUCUUCCUUUGGAGAUCAAAAAACGCAACACAGAAGUCAUUGCUGGCAGUGGCUACAUGGCACCAAGUGCUGUGAACCCUCACUAUGAGGCCUUAGGCCUCUAUGAUUUGGGUUCUUCACAAGCUAUGCACAAUUUCUGCUCUCAACUUCAUGCCUCUAAUCACCAGAGGCAAAUAAUGGAGACAUAUGGGGAGGCAAUUCAUGGUUUGGCAGUGAAGAUAGGACAAAAGAUGGCUGAAUCUCUAGGAGUAGUAGGUGCUGAUUUCCAGGAUUGGCCAUGUCAGUUUAGAAUUAACAAAUAUAACUUCACCCCAGAAGCUGUGGGGACCAGUGGAGUUCAAAUCCACACAGAUUCAGGCUUCUUAACCAUUCUUCAGGAUGAUGAAAAUGUUGGUGGCCUUGAAGUGAAGGAUUCUUCUGGUUCCUUUGUGUCAAUCCCUCCUUUCCCUGGGACUCUUCUAGUCAAUCUGGGAGACAUUGCUAGAGUAUGGAGCAAUGGAAGGUUUUGCAAUCUGAUACACCGUGUGCAAUGCCUGGAAGCCACCACACGUUUUUCAAUUGCUACAUUCAUGUUGGCACCAAGGAAUGGAAAUGUUGAGGCCCCAGAGGAACUGGUGGACCAUCAUCACCCUCGUCUGUAUCAACCUUUCGUUUAUGAGGAUUAUAGGAGGCUCAGACAUAGCAAUAAGAUGCACACUGGUGAAGCCCUGGAGUUAUUACGCUUGGCCUAG